AUGGGCAGCUUAUCUGUGUUUCGCCUUCCUCAAUUCUCAGAGGAUGAGGCGUGGCUACCGUCAUGGCUUCAGCACUGCAAUUUCGAUAUACUGAAUGUGGAGUCCAUCACGACGGAUCAGAUUACAUUUGAGCAGCGCGUUGAGGAAGUGAAAUUUCACUGGACUGGUGUCGGCAGCGGAGAAUCUUUGAGGGAAAAAGGUGGAUUUAACAUUGGUCAAUUAUUUAUAUCUGGAACUGAUGGCUCACCCUUUAGUCUUUCUCAAUCUGCUAAUGAUGGGGUUCAGUUUCAUCUUUGUCUCUCACCAGAUGGCGACUCGGAGAACAUAGAUCAAAUUACUGAUGUGUUCCCAACCAAGUCCAAGUGUACUAGUAUUGUUCAACCUUGUGAGGAUUCUGGAAUUUUAGGUCAGGGAUGUGGUAAGUUAAAUUUCAGUCCUGUAUCAACAAAUUGUUCUCGACCUGUUGAAUUGGAAGGACAUCUGGAUAAGUCUGAGAUGUUGAAGCAUGAUGAAAAUACGAGUUGCUCUGAGGGUGCUGCUGAUGUUGUAGAAUUAUGUAUAGCAGCAUCAGAGGCACUGGUAAUUAAUGAAGUUACUGAGAGUGAGUCAUUGGCAAAAUCUUGUUCUGCUUCAGCUAUACUUGAAGCUUCUCUUCAGAUAAAACAAGCACGUUUAGAAGUUUGGAGCGACACCCACACCUUUAAUGGCUCAAGUUAUAUAGCGUGUGAUAUCAGUGAUUUGUCUGACUUGGAUGAUAUAGCUAUGGAAAGUGCAUAUGAGGAUGCAGGAAUUCAUUUGAAUGAGUUGCAUGUAAAAGAGCUAAGCAUGUUACAAGUUAAGGAUACUUUCGACUCUGAAAAUGAUGAAAACUUUAAACAUAGGAAUACCACUGAUCCUGCCACUAAUUAUAUUAAUUCUCCCAAUGGUGGAUAUACGAAUAUAGUGGAAGGUGUUAUAGACAGUGACAUAUUAAAAGAAGACUUGGCCACAGAACGUCUUGAAAGUGACAAGCAAAACGGGGUAAUUUGUGUUUCGGUGUGUGGUUUGGGCAGUGAUGUCGGAUUCCAGGAUAAUAGUAUGAGGACUAUUGGUGCUCACAUGGAACUUCAUAUUUCAGAUUCAACAGAGAGAGCCAAUGUGACUACACCAGGAAGCAAUUUACAUGAAAUAAAUGUGAGCACUUCCCCAAAUAUGAGUGGCCAAGAAAAGGAUAAUGCUCCCAUAAAUAUAAUUCAAGGUCAAGAACAGUUCAAAAGUCGGUGGUUUGGUGGUUGGAUAGUCAAUAAUGAUGUGAAGUAUACCUCCAUGAAACAUAGCAUUCCCCAACCUUUUUGUGGCGAAACAAGUCUUUUGUCAGAGUCUGCAGAUGUUGCUCCAGACGAGAAUUCCUGUGCGCAGAAUCAUGAUAAAGAGGCCAUGAUAGCUUCUCAAUUAAGUACAUCUAUUGAAAAUUUCCACACCACAGUUAUAGAUGGCAUGCUACUUUCUCAAGAUAUAAGAUCUUCAAAUACAUCUUUGGCGGACCCUCUUUGCUCUGUUGUACCGUGUAGUAUUUCUGAGAAUAUAUGUUCUUCACCAGCAGUAGAACAAGAGAACAGAGUCCACCCUUGUCACUUCAAUGUAACAAUUGAAUGCAACAAAAACAAUGUUUUCCAGAUGUCUCCCUUAGACAACGAUGUAGCUCAAAGAGAAAAGGUUGAUAUGCCAAUAGCUAAUAUCGAGGAGUCAAGAAACGGAGUUUCUAGACGAUUCACUUCCCUUAGAGAUUAUAGCAAAUUGCCGCCUAACGGUACAAAGUUUCACCUAAAACAUGGUCCCUGGAAAAGUUCAUCACUCAUGCAGAGCAAUAUCGACUUGACUUCCCAGGAAAACCACGAAGAAACUGUGAAGGUUUGGGCUGAAGUUUCAAACAAAGAAAAUACCCAUACACUCCCUAAUUUGGUGAAAAAUAGCUCUCAUAGCUGCUUCCUGGAUGAAGACAAUGCAAUUCGAACAUCCCAAGCAAAAACCAAUUCUCAAUGCCCGGACAGUGAGAAGAAGCAGCAGACGCUAUUACAAUGCAGAACACGAAGUGCUCAAAAGCUAAGAACAUCAAAACGUGUUCAUUUUUGUGAGAGAGAAACAACCAUUCCAGAGCAAAAGAGACUCAAGAAGGUGCAAAGUGCACCAAGAACUUGUUCUUCUACUAGAGCUUUUAAAAAGUCUACUAGAUUCAGUGCACGUCUCAAAUCUGGAGUUCAGCAGAUGGAUAGAUAUCUGAAGAAACAUGUGGAUAAGGAGAAAAGAAGAUUGAUACUUCAAAACAUGGACUUCUUUCUCACUGGAUUUUCUCAUAAAAAAGAAAUGGAAAUUGAGGGUCUCAUUCGACAAUAUGGUGGCGUAGUUCUUUCUCAAAUUCCACCAAUAAACUUGAAUGGAAAGAGAAGUUCUAUAAUUAAGUCUCAGGCUCUUCCCAUUAUUUUAUGUUUGAAGAAGACAAAAUCUUUCAAGUUCUUGUAUGGAUGUGCAGUAAAUGCCUAUGUGCUCAAAGUAAAUUGGCUUCAUGAUUCGCUUGCAGCUGGAAGGGUCCUACCCCCGAAAAGAUAUAUGAUCCUUCCCAGAAAUAUUACCAGAUGGCAGGACCAAGUUUAUACAGCUGUGAACUAUGAUGAUUGUUCCCUCGUUUUUAACAAUUUGGGUGUCAUGCUUCAUGGAAAAACAAAAUACUUCGCAAGUAUUGCAACUAUUAUCAAGCAUGGUGGAGGACAGAUUUUCAAUACCCUGCACUUAUUGGUCCAGGCACUUGAAGCUGGUGUAAUUUCAACGGGGAUCAUUGUUUCUCGCGAGGAGAGUUUUUCUUCCCGUCAUUUGAAGCAAUGUGCAUUGGAGCAGAAUAUACCGAUAGUGUCAGUUCAGUGGAUUAUGAAGAGCUUAUAUGCUGGACAGCUUGUUCCCUUAGAGGAAAAAAAUAAUUCCCGACAUCUGCCAGCUGUUAAGCCUCAAAGACUCCAAGACUUGAUGGAGUUAAGUCAAGAAAUAUGA